UGAUAGCCAAUCUGCGACGCAGCGCAAGGACUGGCAAGGGAGGCCAUAACACCAGCUGGCAAAAUAUUGACAGUUUAUCAAGCAACUAAACUCGGGAAUUUUCUGUUUUUGUGACCAUGGCUGAGUAACCCCGGUUAGGAUUGGAAGGUGCAUCCGAGCUAAGGUGUAGUGAAGUCGGGGAGAGGAGGAGGGGAAGGUCCGGACAGGAGAAAAACAAAGACGUCUGUGUAGUUAAACUAGGCAAGUCCCAUCGAACUGUCUGAACAGCUCUCUGAUUUUUCCAAAACUGACACGUCCCAGGGGUCCGGUGGAUAGCGAGCUGGCACCGGGGAAAAAACGUUUACUGACCUGCCGAACCGGGCCGUUAUGAACGGCCGCUCAUGCGCUGUCACCGCGAAUAACUGCGAGUUGACAACACAAAAACAUCUGUGACGGGUUGUUUUGUUCUAGCUAGACAAGGGCGAGGACUGGAGUGUUUUUUGAGCUUGUUAGCUAUAGCAUGUAGCUAGCUGAAUUUAUUCGCUAAACUGCCAGUCAACAGCGCUACAUUUCUACAAAAACGACCGUUAAAUAACUAUUUUGGAAAUUUCUAGAACGUUCGUUUGUUAAAUUCCAAGCGUAUUGCGCAACAUUGCUUACAAACAGGCGAACUCGCUAACUAGCUUUGACUGCUUGCUAGCCAGCUGACCGUUAGCUAGUUAGCUGUCCUGGCUUUCCCUUGCCUAGCCUGUGUAGCUAAAUCUGCCAGCUAGUUAACAUUCUGGCGACAGGUAGCUAGAUUACGCCUGACAAACACCAUCACCACCACCCACCAUGUCCUCGAUGGAAGAGCGUGGUGAGGUGGGCGUCGCGGCGGCUCCAGGCUCCUCAGGCGGCCUGGGGGUUGGGGCGGUGGGGGCAGCCCUGGAGACAGUGGUCGGGGGGCCAUCAAUGCAGGAGGAGGUGGGCUUCCGAAGAGGAGAGGGGCUCGGGCCCGAGUCGGACCCGGACGAGCCGCCGCCCAAGAAGCGGCUGAGACUGCCGGAGGGAGAGUCGGGAAAGCUGGAAGAGAGGCUGUAUUCAGUGCUGUGCUGCACCGUGUGUCUAGACCUGCCCAAGGCCUCCGUUUAUCAGGUAAAUACUGUCAAACACACCUGUCCUGGCCUACCGACUCUGGCCCACUUGUCAAUAUUAGCCAGCUAGCUAGCCAACUUCGUAUUAAAUAGGCCUAACUAACAUGUCAAUUUAGCUUCAUAGGCUAGGAAUGUCAGGCAUGAAGUAGGGGUUGAGGACAAUCUGUAGGCCUACUGAUCAGCACCUGUCGUGGGCUGUAACGUUAGCUAGAUGGGUGAAGAGAGGAUGUUGGGCCCAGGGACGCAAGCUAGCUGCUAGGUCAGUAGUUAACUUGUUCAGGAGGGUUUGCCAGUGCUCAGCGCUGCGCAGAGAAAUGAUGAUCUAUAAAUCAUAUGGGUAGCCAGUACUCAGCGCUGCGCAGAGAGAUCAUAUGAUCUAUAAAUCCUCAGGAUGUAGGUGUCCAAAAUGGCACCCGAGCCUUUUCUAUUCAGAUUUGCCAACAAGACAUGAACACAUGCAGAUGUGUCAGUUCUGCAUAUUGAUUAUCCCAGGCCGACCCCUAGGAAAUAGGCAAGCCCCAACAUGUCACCUAACACAGAAUGAACUACUCUCAGCUCUCACCCAGUUUGCUGUGUUGUGAUACUGAUUAGUAUGCCCUCAAAUAACCACUGGAUACUCUCCCCACCCCAAAGCAAAUUUGCAUCCAAUGUACAGUACCAGUCAAAAGUUUGGACACACCUACUCAUUCAAGGGUUUUUCUUUAUUUUUACUAUUUUCUACAUUGUAGAAUGAUAGUGAAGACAUCAAAACUACGAAAUAACACAUAUGGAAUCAUGUAGUAACCAAAAAAGUGUUAAACAAAUCAAAAUAUAUUUGAUAUUCUUCAAAGUAGCCACCCUUUGCCUUGAUGAUAGCUUUGCACACUCUUGGCAUUCUCUCAACCAGCUUCAUGAGGUAGUCACCUGGAAUGCCUUGUUAAAAAUUAAUUUGUGGAAUUUCUUUCCUCCUUAAUGCGUUUGAGCCAAUCAGUUGUGUUGUGACAUGGUAGGGUUGGUAUACAGAAGAUGGCCCUAUUUGGCAAUAACAGCUCAAAUAAGCAAAGAGAAAUGACAGUCCAUCAUUACUUUAAGACAUGAAGGUCAGUCAAUCUGAAAAAUUUCAAGAACUUUGAAAGUUUCUUCAAGUGCAGUUGCAAAAACCAUCAAGCGCUAUGAUGAAACUGGCUCUCAUGAGGACCGCCACAGGAAAGGAAGACCCAGAGUUGCUGCAAAGAAACCACUACUAAAGAACACCAAUAAGAAGAAGAGACUUGCUGGGGCCAAGAAACACGAGCAAUGGACAUGAGACCGGUGGAAAUCUGUCCUUUGGUCUGAUGAGUCCAAAUUUGAGGUUUUUGGUUCCAACCGCCGUGUCUUUAUGAGACACAGAGUAGGAGAACGGAUUAUCUCUGCAUGUGUGGUUCCCACCGUGAAGCAUGGAGGAGGAGGUGUGAUGCUGUGGGGGUGCUUUGCUGGUGACACUGUCUGUGAUUUAUUUGGAAUUCAAGGCACUCUUAACCAGCAUGGCUACCACAACAUUCUGCAGCGAUACGCCAUCCCAUCUGGUUUGCGCUUAGUGGGACUAUCAUUUGUUUUUCAACAGGACAAUGACCCAACACACCUCCAGGCUGUGUAAGGGCUAUUUUACCAAGAAGGAGAGUGAUGGAGUGCUGCAUCAAAUGACCUGGCCUCCACAAUCGCCCGACCUCAACCCAAUUGAGAUGGUUUGGGAUGAGUUGGCGUGAAGGAAAAGCAGCCAACAAGUGCUCAGCAUAUGUGGGAACUCCUUGAAGACUGUUGGAAAAGUAUUCCUCAUGAAGCUGGUUGAGAGAAUGCCAAGAGUGUGCAAAGCUGUCAUCAAGGCAAAGGGUGGCUAUUUGAAGAAUCUCAAAUAUGAAAUAUAUUUUUAUUUGUUUAACACUUUUGGUUACAUGAUUCCAUAUGUAGUUUUGAUGUCUUCACUAUUAUUCUACAAUGUAGAAAAAUAGUAAAAAUAAAGAAAAACCCUUGAAUGAGUAGGUGUGUCCAAACUUUUGACUGGUACUGUAUAUAGAGUAUAAACACUGAUUUAUAAAGACUAACAUCCACAGUAUGGAUAUACCAAACACACACACACCUACAAUAACCCUUCCCGCUCUGUUCAACAGUGCACCAACGGUCACCUGAUGUGUGCUGGCUGUUUCAUCCACCUGCUGGCUGACUCUCGUCUGAAAGAGGAACAGGCCACUUGUCCUAACUGCAGGUCUGUACACGCGCACACACACACAGUUUACAAAUACACUUGAAUUGAAUUGACUGAGUGAGUAAUUGAAUAAUGUAAAAUCUUUGAAAUUGUUGAAUGGUGUGUUUAUUUUUGUUCAGGAUAUAAUUGGAUUGAUUGAUGGAGUGUUCUCUCUCUCUCUCUCUCUUCUCUUUCUCUUUCUCUUUCUCUUUCUCUUUCUCUCUCCCCUCCCCCCCCUAGGUGUGAGAUCACCAAGUCUCUGUGUUGUAGGAACCUGGCUGUAGAGAAAGCUGUGAGUGAGCUGCCCACAGACUGUCCCUUCUGUCUCAAACAGUUCCCUCGCUCCAGCCUAGAGAGGCACCAGAAGGAGGAGUGCCAAGACAGGUACACACCUCAUUGGUACACACACACACACACACACACACACUAGUGCUGAGCGAUUAGUGUUUUUUGAGGUCGUUUCGGUUUGAUUAUUUAAAAAACAAACAUUAAAUGCACUAUGCAUUAUGUGGGUUGAAUGCUGUAACAACACAGAAUAAAACAAUUAGUAAAAGUCAAAAUCACUAUCUUAGUAGUUCUUCAAAGUAAACAAGGCAUACUUUUAUGACUGCUGAAUACCAACUAUCAAUCACUUAGAUCAUGUAUGUUCAGUUAGAGAUACCUCGUGAAGCAACAGCUGCUCUCUAUAUCCCCUCACGAUCACGCAUUCUUCUGUCUAUUCCGUAGCAGGCGUAAAAGAAACACACAGACCUGACAAAUAGGUGCGCAAUGGAUUAUGGUCAUUGUAGUUAAUUACCACGUUUUCUUCGCUAAACUAUGUUGAAUAUUGGCCUGUUGGAAACUACAACUCCCGACUACAUCGCACAGUUCAGGCUGGAUCUGAUUUAUCUCUAGAGAAACUGUGCAUUGAGCUCACAGAAAAAAAUGAACGAAAUGGAAUUCAAAUAAUUCAACCUACAUCGAUCAAUUAGUUGUUUAAAAACCGAAAAAUAACCUACAUUUUGGUUAAUCGCUCAGCAAUAACACACACACGCGAUCAGACGACCCUGUUGCAGUUGUUAAUGACAGAACCCCAGCAGAAAUUAUACAGCCGGUCCCAAAUCACUUCUUACCCCUCCCCUUGGCCCUAACACCUCCAUGUUUGCAGAUCUGUAUGGUGAUGGGUAUAAGCAGUGCAGUACCUUUUCCUCCUUGUCCUCAUGAUUGGCCCUAAACUCCCACUUCCUGAUGUGUUGCCAGGGUGACGCAGUGUAAGUAUAAGCGGAUUGGCUGCCCAUGGAAGGGACCGUUCCACGAGCUGCCAGCCCACGAGGAGGAGUGCUGCCACCCCACCAAGACUGGCACAGAGCUGAUGGGCAUCCUGGGGGAGAUGGACCAGAGCCACAGCAGAGAACUAACCCUUUACAACUCUAUAUUCUCCCUUCUCUGUUAUGAGAAGAUAGGCUUCACAGGUAGGCUAGGUACACACUCACACACACAGUACCUGACUUUCCACACUGUCAAAUCAAAUUACAUUUAUUUAUAAAGCCCUUUUUUACUUCAGCAGUCACAAAGUGCUAUUACAGAAACCCAGCAUAAAACCCCAAAGAGCAAGCAAUGCCUUGCAAAAGUAUUCAUCCCUCUUGGCGUUUUUCCUAUUUUAUUGCAAUACAACCUGUAAUUUUAAAUUGAUUUUUGUUUGGAUUUAAUGUAAUGGACAUACACAAAAUAGUCCAAAUUGGUGAAGUGAAAUGAAAAAAAUAACUUGUUUCAAACAUUUCUAAAAAAUAAAUAACGGAAAAGUGGUGCAUGCAUAUGUAUUCACCCCCUUUGCUAUGAAGCCCCUAAAUAAGAUCUGGUGCCACCAAUUACCUUCAGAAGUCACAUAAUUAGUUAAAUAAAGUCCACCUGUGUGCAAUCUAAGUGUCACAUGAUCUGUCACAUAAUCUCAGUAUAUAUACACCUGUUCUGAAAGACCCCAGAGUCUGCAACACCACUAAGCAAGGGGCACCACCAAGCAAGCAGCACCAUGAAGACCAAGGAGCUCUCCAAACAGGUCAGGGACAAAGUUGUGGAGAAGUACAGAUCAGGGUUGGGUUAUAAAAAAAUAUCCCACGGAGCACCAUUAAAUCCAUUAUUAAAAAAUUGAAAGAAUAUGGCACCACAACAAACCUGCCAAGAGAAGGCCGCCCACCAAAACUCACGGACCAGGCAAGGAGGGCAUUAAUCAGAGAGGCAACAAAGAGACCAAAGAUAACCCUGAAGGAGCUGCAAAGCUCCACAGCAGAGAUUGGAGUAUCUGUCCAUAGGACAGAAAUAAAAAAAUAAGCAAACACGUUUGGUGUUCGCCAAAAGGCAUGUGGGAGACUCCCCAAACAUAUGGAAGAAUGUACUCUGGUCAGAUGAGACUACAAUUGAGCUUUUUGGCCAUCAAGGGAAACGCUAUGUCUGGCGCAAACCCAACACCUCUCAUCACCGCGAGAACACCAUCCCCAUAGUGAAGCAUGGUGGUGGCAGCAGCAUCAUGCUGUGGGGAUGUUUUUCAUCGGCAGGGACUGGGAAACUGGUCAGAAUUGAAGGAAUGAUGGAUGGCGCUAAAUAUAGGGAAAUUCUUGAGGGAAACCUGUUUCAGUCUUCCAGAGAUUUGAGACUGGGAUGGAGGUUCACCUUCCAGCAGGACAAUGACCCUAAGCAUACUGCUAAAGCAACACUCAAGUGUUAAAAAAAAAAAAAAAAAAAAGGUGGUUAUUUUACCCCCGUUUUCGUGGUAUCCAAUUGGUGGUUACAGUCUUGUCCCAUCGCUGCAACUCCCGUACGGACACGGGAGAGGCGAAGGUCGAGAGUCACUAACUGUAAGUCGCUCUGGAUAAGAGCGUCUGCUAAAUGGGUUUCAAUUGUGGGUAAGUAUCAAUAAUGUACCAGUGCUUCCUGAUAAUGUCCUUCAAUUCCUUUGCCAAUGGUGAGUAUUGGGUGAAGCAUGAGGGGACAUGUUCUGCUUUUUCUUGAACUUUUGGUUGAAGGCUUUCCAACUGUGUUAGUCCUUCAAAACGAUAAUUGGCAUGUUUUACUCAAUUGUCUUGGUACCCCCUUUCAUGCCAGCCAGGUAGGCUAUACUCCUGUUGUAAAGAUAAACAAGGUGCUUAAUAUUAGGAAAGUUGAGAAAUAAAUAUAGUAGGCCUAGCCUAUAGAAAGCUGAUGGGAGCCUCCUCUUUUUAGUAGAGGCCAUCACUCUGUUUUCUCGCGCAAUUGCAUAGCCAUUUGCAUUGAUGUCAGAGUGAUUAGAGGGACAAUAGAGUGCUGAGUACCAGGCAGUUAGCAAGUUUGGUAGGCUACUAAUGACCAUCAGCAGCAUCAGAGCUUGGAGAAGCCUAAUUUCCUGUGACUAAGUGGUCAAGUGGAAUUUGACUGCCUUCAUGACUCGUGACCGCCGGUGUGGCGGUAAUACGGUCACCACAACAGCCCUAUCCACAGUAGACACUGUCAUACACACACAGUACCUGACUUCCAGGACAAUCAUUUCAAUCUGGCUGAAAGGACCAGUCACACACACAAACAUGAAUCUUUCUAAUUUUGUCCUCCCCCUCUCUCUCCCCUGUCCAGAGGUCCAGUUCAGGCCGUACCGUACAGAUGACUUCAUAACCCGUCUGUACUAUGAGAGUCCUCGUUUCACCGUGUUGAACCAGACCUGGGUACUGAAGGCCAGAGUCAACGACUCGGAACGCAACCCUAACCUCUCCUGCAAACGCACCCUCUCCUUCCAACUCAUCCUCAAGAGCAAGGUACACACACUGACUGAGUGUCUCUCUCUCUGUCUCUGUCUCACUCUGUCUCUGUCUCUCUGUCUCUCUCUCUGUUUCUCUCUCUCUCUCUCUCUAACCCUCCUCCUCCUCCCUCUAGGUGAACUCAGCUAUAGAGUGUUCCUUCCUGCUGUUGAAAGGUCCGUACGAUGACGUGAGGAUCAAGCCUGUGAUUCACCAUCAUGCGUUCAGCAAUGACACCAACGAGACAGACUACGUCCCGCUGCCCAUCACCGACUCUGUGGAGUGUAACAAACUACUGGCGGCCAAGAACAUCAACCUACGACUCUUCAUCUUCCAGAUCCAGAAAUAGACAGAAGAGGAGGAGAGAGGGGAGGGAUUGAGGGGGGGGGGGUAAGAGAGAGAGAGGACAGAGAGAGGUGUAGCGGAAGUGAGGGAGAGAGAUAUGUUUGAGAUUAAAGUGAGACACCACUAAACCACUGAUACCUCUUUACACUCACACUCUCACACACAUGCACUCACACUCUCUCUCGCACACACACACGCACUCACACUCUCUCGCACACACACACGCACUCACUCUCUCUCUCACACACACGCACUCACAAUCUCUCACACACACUCACACACACACGCACACUCACACACACACACACACACACACACACACACUCAGACUCUCAUACACAUACGCACUCACACGCACUCACACACUCUCACACUCACACACCACUAGACCACAUACUGAGAGAGUUAGAGAACCCCAGCUUGGGGUGCUGCUGUUAGUGUUGCUAUGGAGAUAGGGUGGUGUUGCUAG